AAAAUAUAUUUUAGUUAAAGUCAGAAUAAACUGGAAAAAUCUACUUAUUUCUCCCUUUAACAAGAAAUUAUUGCGAAAGUGAAAAUUAACUGAAAAUCUACUUCUUGCUCCUUUAAAUAAGAAAUCAUUUUCAGCAAAAGUGAGAACUAACUGGAAAUCUACUUCUUGCUUCCUUAAAUAAGAAAUCAUUGUCGGGUAAAUUAAGAAGUAACUGGAAAUCUACUUCUUAUUCCCUUAAAUCAGAAAUCAUUUUCAGUUGAAGUAAGAAUAAACUGGAAAUCUAUUCCUUACUCCCUUAAAUAAGUGUCAGUUAAAGUGAGAAUUAACUGCUUCCAUAAACAGUAAAUACCGGUAACUAGAAAUUAAAUAGAAUUUAAUUCAAUUUAUUAAUAUUUUCAAUUGUAUGUAAACCUUGGGUAACCAUGUAGCACUUAAACUAAUUGGUUUAUAUGUAUAAAGACGUCAAUUCCUAGUUUGCAUUCCACAGAACUAUCGGAAAUACAUGUUUAUUUAAGCUUGGGGUCGAUUAAACAACUUUCACAUGGCCACAAUGGUUUAAUCAAUCGACAAAAGCCAAGGGAACAGGAUUGAAAAUGAAGCUGAUAAUAUUUGUUAAAAUUGGAGCAAUCCCUGUCACCAAGGACCAGAAUGACUUAUGGAAGUUUAAAAUAUUAUCAACGAAAACUUUGGUAUCCUACACCUUCUGGUGGUUUCUACCAAUAGUUGUUUGCACUAUUUUAAAUAGUUUUUUAAACCCAAAUCUCUCUGAAUCCAAGGAUGAUCUAGCUGUAGGAUUUGUACAAUUUGUUACAGAUCAGUUGAUUUCUGCAAACCUGAUUCUUAUUCCUUUUUUUAUACCAGCACUUCUAGCUUACAUUAUAGACAAGUCAAAAGUGGAUCUUAAUGCCCAUGUUAAGCUCACAAAAAUUCCUAAGCUUUGCUUUUUCUCAAUAAUGUUCACGGCUAUUCUUGCCUUUUCGUUAUAUGGGUUAUGGAAUACGAUGGAUAAUGUCUAUGUGGGAGUACUUCUUUUCUCCACUACUUGGAUAUUCUACUCUAGUUUGAACAUGGUCACCCUUUUUGUGAUCAACUUGGUCUGUAAUCAAUUUAUUUCCCAUACUGGAGAAGUAAAUUGCCAGAACAAAGCUGAACACAUGAUUUCUGGGUGUGUAGAUCUUGUGAAGGAGUAUGGAAGGUUAAAGGAAGGGUUAAGUCCAUUGCUCCUUAUAUUUUUAUCCUUCUAUGUAGUGUUUGCUCUUCUAGCAUCAUACACUGGACUGAAACUCAUUGGUCUCAAAGAUUACUACUCCGCCUUAACUUACACUUUGUCUGUUCCAAACCUUGUUUUAACAAUUUAUUAUAUAAUAAUAUUUUGUGAUGAUACAUUUCAAGCACUAUCAGCUAACAAUCAAAAACUGAGGAGAAUUGCAUUGGAGUCUGAUGAAGAGGAAAAACAAAAUAUCCACAUAGUUUUGGAUAUGAUUGGAGAAGAGACACAAUUUUCAGCACGGGGAUUUUUCCUAGUGGAUAAAACAACAUUCAUGGGCAUUAUCAGCAACCUGAUUGGCUAUCUGAUAAUCCUACUACAAUUCCCUUCAAUUUAAAAUAAUUGAUACUAAGUGAAAUGUAACUAUUUAGUUAGUUACAUGUAAUAAUAUUCAAUUUCUAUUAAUUAGUAAUAAAUAUACACUAUGAACCAGUUUUCUUAAUAAAAACUUCAUAAGAAA